AGAAAAUUAAAAAGAAAAUCUAGUGCAUAUUUAUUGCCCUUUUGUCUCUUUGGAUUACGAGAUUCCAUUCCUUAAAAGGCUCUGCAAAUUCAAUCGAAUUAACUUUUCCUUCACCUAUUUGGAUUUGGAAAAGAAAGUAGGUGAUUUAGGUUUUUCGGGGAGUUUGAAAUUUCCUCCUAUAUUUCCGUUUCUGGUUUUUUCUUUUGGUUUGUUGAUUUUUUUUAAUCUCUGGGUACUAUAUAAUUUGGGGGGAUUAAACGAUUUCCAGGCGUAAAACAUUAAGACGAAUCCUCUGUUGUUCUCGCAGUCAAAUCAUGUCCGAUGGAUAUUACAGUUCGAAGAAGACAGAUGAUAUCUGCGAAGAUGUUUGUGGACAGCAGGGAUCAAAAGCAGCUGCAACAAUCUCAAGGCUUAAAUGUGUUCUUCAAGGUUUCGACCUUAGAACAUACUUAUUACUCUUUAUUGUGAUGCCAUUUGUUAUCUUUGCAAUCUAUCUACACGGCCAAAAGUUCACUUAUUUCUUCAGACCCCUCUGGGAAUCGCCUCCAAAACCGUUUCAGACCAUUCCUCAUUACUACACCGAGAACAUAACAAUGGAGUCUCUCUGCAGUCUUCACGGUUGGGGAAUCAGAGAAUCUCCUAGACGUGUCUUCGACGCGGUUCUGUUCAGUAACGAGAAGGAUCUCUUAACAAUUCGUUGGAAGGAGCUUUAUCCUUACGUGACACAAUUCGUGCUUCUUGAGUCCAACUCAACGUUCACUGGUUUGCCUAAACCGUUGGUCUUCAAGAGCAACAAGGAUAAGUUCAGCUUCGUGGAGCCGCGGCUAACUUACGGGACGAUCGGAGGACGGUUUAGGAAAGGAGAGAAUCCGUUUGUUGAAGAAGCGUAUCAGCGUGUUGCGUUGGAUCAGCUUCUUAGGAUAGCUGGCAUUGAAGAGGAUGAUCUGCUGAUAAUGUCUGAUGUUGAUGAGAUCCCGAGUGCUCACACGAUCAACCUUUUGAGAUGGUGUGAUGAUAUCCCUCCGGUUCUUCACCUUCAGCUCAAGAACUACUUGUACUCUUUCGAAUACUAUGUCGAUAGCAAGAGCUGGAGAGCGUCUGUACACCGGUACAGGCCAGGGAAGACUCGGUAUGCUCAUUACCGUCAGAGCAAUGUUGUGCUGUCUGAUUCAGGGUGGCAUUGCAGCUUCUGCUUCCGUUACAUAAGCGAGUUUGUGUUCAAGAUGAAAGCUUACAGUCACUCGGAUCGUGUCAGGUUCUCUCAUUACCUGAAUCCGAGGAGGAUUCAAGAUGUUAUCUGCAAAGGAACUAACUUGUUUGAUAUGUUGCCUGAAGAGUACACAUUCAAGGAGAUUAUUGGCAAAAUGGGACCUGUACCUCGGUCUUUUUCAGCUGUUCAUCUUCCUUCGUACCUGCUGGAUAACGCCGAGCAGUACAAAUACUUGUUACCCGGUAAUUGCGUAAGAGAAAAACAGACAGGGUUUAUAUGAUGAACACAUCGAAGGUGUUCUUGUAUAGACUUGGUCAAGCUUCAGGGCCACUUAUUCGGAUCAUUCUUGAGAUAAAAGGCGCAAUCUUUUGACCCAGAGAGGAGAAAUUAAAGAAAAAAAAAACGUCAUGAUUGGUUUUGAUACUUAGUCAGGAAGCGUAUAUAACCCAAAUGCUGGAUUCAGUUGCUUAGCUCUGAGAAUUUUUUUCCAUCAGUUUCUUUUGAUACAGGAGGGUAUGUGAGAAAAAAGGAGCUUACUUUGAGUUAGAGCUGCACAGCACUUCCCAGGUUUUUUCAACAAUGGGAAGGAAAUGAAGCUGCCUAAGGACUGAUUGAGUAGUAUAGAUGUUUCAGGAUCCAUUUGUUUAUAUAACAUUUUCUUCAAGGCUUUUUUGUUCUGGUUAUAUCGGUUAUUUACUUCAUUCUUAUUCAUUUUCCAUCUA